AUGAUUCUGUUGGUGAAGACGAAGCGGCAGGCGGGCGCCAAGAGCGAAAUAGCGCACCACAACGAGCGAGCAUCGCGAUCUCAAGAUUCCAGCGGCCGACGAAAGAAAAGCGACAAAACUUCUCAUCCGACAUCGAGGACCACCCCGCUCGGCAAUCGCAUCAAGAUGGUCCGUUACGCUGCUCAGGACAUUCCGGCCGCUAAGAGCGCCCGCGCCCGGGGCUCUCACCUGCGUGUCAGCUUCAAGAACACCCGCGAGACCGCCCAGGCCAUCAACGGCAUGAAGCUGCAGCGCGCCCUUACCUUCCUCGAGAACGUCACCAAGAAGACCGAGGUUGUUCCCUUCCGGCGGUACGCUGGCAGCAUUGGCCGCAGCGCUCAGGGCAAGCAGUGGGGUGUCAGCAAGGCUCGCUGGCCCGUCAAGUCCGCCGAGUUCCUCAUCGAUCUCCUGAAGAACGCUGAGUCCAACGCCGACACCAAGGGUCUCGACACUGGCAACCUUGUUGUCAAGCACAUCCAGGUCAACCAGGCUCCCAAGGGCCGGAGACGCACUUACCGUGCUCACGGUCGUAUCAACCCCUAUAUGACCAACCCCUGCCACAUCGAGCUUAUCCUGACCGAGGGUGAGGAGACCGUCCAGAAGGGCCCCGUCGCCAACCGUGACGCCCAUCUCAGCUCCCGCCAGCGUGGUGCUCAGAUCCGCCGUGCCCUCACCGAGGCGUAA